AUGAAGGUAGCUCUUGCCGGUGGCGGUCGGCUCGCUCAUUAUCUCGUCGAAGAGCUUCCAACCUUUGGUAUCGAGCCUGUCAUCUUGACACGAAGCAAGAAACCAUGGUUCGAAUCGCAUGGGAUAGAACAGAGGCUUACCGACUACUCGGUUCAAUCUCUCACCAAGUCACUGUCCGACUGCGAUGCCGUAGUCUCAGUUAUCCUCGACUACACUAUGGCCUUUACCGAGGCUCGUCUCAACCUUAUCAAGGCAGCCCAGGAGAGCCCGAAAUGUCGUCGGUUCAUUCCUUCUGAAUACGGAGGAGAUCUUGAAGAACAGCCAGACCAACCACUUUUCUACAAUGCGAACCACGAGCCAGUUCGAAAGGUUCUGAUGGAGCAGAAUACACUCGAAUGGACCAUCGUAAGCGCGGGGUGGUUUCUAGACUACCUUUUCCCGGAAGACUAUCGACAUUAUAAGGGCGAUAUCGGCGAAGCAUUCCCUCUCAACAUUGCGACCAAAACUGUGGUGAUACCGGGUACUGGGCGUGAGCUGCUCGAUUUUGUUUCAGCAAGAGAUGCAAGCAAGGGCAUUGGCGCCUUACUCAAGGCGCCUCAGGGCUCCUGGGAGCCAUACACGUAUUUGUCCGGGUGUUCGCUUUGUUAG